UCUAAUUACUACUUAAAACCUUAGCUUGUCCUCUAAUUAACGACUUAUCAAAAUACAAUUAUCAAAUCUGACAACGUAAUUAGAUAAAGAGGAAGGAAAAGAGAGAGGAUAAAAUGCAGAGAAGAUUAAUGAUGUUGUUUCUAUGGUUUGGUCUGCUGAAUUUGGUUGCAGCCGAUGAGUACAACCGCAACGACUUUCCUCCUGAGUUCGUAUUUGGGGCUAGUACAUCUGCUUAUCAGGUGGAGGGAGCAGCACUGCAGGAUGGAAGGACGCCUAGUAUUUAUGAUACUUUUGCUCAUCAAUCUAGAAAUGGAACACUUAAUCCGGAUGUAGCAUGUGAUCAGUACCAUAAAUACAAGGAAGAUGUUCAACUCAUGGCAGAGACUGGAUUGGACGCAUACCGAUUUUCUAUCUCCUGGUCGAGACUGAUUCCAAAUGGAAGAGGAUCUAUUAAUCCCAAAGGUUUAAAAUACUACAACAACCUCAUCAAUGAACUCAUCAAACAUGGAAUCAAACCUCAUGUUACACUAUUGCAUACAGAUGUACCACAAGUACUCGAGGAUGAGUAUGAAGGUUUCCUCAAUCGAAGGAUCAUAGAAGACUUCACAGCAUACGUUGAUGUAUGCUUUAGAGAAUUUGGUGAUAGGGUUCGAUACUGGACAACUUUGAACGAGCCGAAUAUCUUCGCAUUUGGUGGUUAUGAUAUCGGGAAUUUCCCCCCAGGUAGGUGUUCUCCCCCCUUCGGAAAUUGUAGCAGAGGAAACUCCACAACUGAACCAUAUAUUGCUGCUCACCUUCUACUAUUGGCUCAUGGAUCUGCUGUAAGGCUAUAUAAGGACAAAUAUCAGGCCAAACAACUUGGAUUUGUUGGUAUCAAUCUCCUUUGUUACCAUUUCAGUCCUAUUACCAACACAAGAGAACACAUAAUUGCGACUCGAAGAACUUACGAUUUUUUGAUUGGAUGGUUUAUGCAUCCGUUGACAUAUGGUGACUACCCUGAAAUAAUGAAGAAAAAUGCUGGCAGAAAAAUUCCUAUUUUCACAGAAAAGGAAUCAAAAUUGGUGAAGGGAUCAUUUGAUUUCAUUGGAAUUAAUUACUACAGUGUCAUGGAGACCAACGACUAUUCUAUUGGCCUCUCCAAAUAUCCAAGAGAUUUUUUUGCCGACAUUGGAGUGGAGUGGAAAUAUUCUGAUCCAAGUGUAUUGCCAGACGAGUUUAUGUUUCCUAAUGAACCAUGGGGCUUAGAGCGAGUACUGGAGUAUUUCAAGGAUGUUUAUCAAAAUCCUCUAAUCUUUAUUCAUGAAAAUGGUCAAGUGGCAAAACAUAGUACAGCCACUAAUGAUCAAUUUAGGGUUGAAUACAUACAAUCUCAUAUUGGGAGUUUGCUUAAUGCUGUGAGAAAUGGAUCCGAUACAAGAGGGUACUUUGUAUGGUCACUUAUGGACGUAUAUGAACUAUUAUAUGGCUUCAAGUCUACCUUUGGUCUAUAUCAUGUUGAUUUUAAUAGUCCAAAUUUGACAAGACAACCUAAGUUAUCUCAAAAAUGGUACUCUGGAUUUUUGAAGGGCAAAAACACAACUACAUACGUAGAGAAGAAAAAGGUAGAAGAUGAUGUUAUGGGUCGGUCUUCAAUUUAAAACUUUUUUAAAAUCCAAUGUUAACCAAACACAAGUUGUUCGACAUAAAAAGAAGAUGAGAGAAACUAUCCACUUAUAAGUUUUCAGUUCGUGAUGAAGAAAACUUGAAAAGACAUCAAUUGCUCUAUCAACCUAUAUAUGUUUUCUUUCUUUUUUUUUUCUUUUUUUUGAAGGUAACCUAUAUAUGUUUUCUUAAGAGAUAUAUAUUACCUUUUUUACUUAAUGAUGAUAAGA